AGUAAUUAGCGCGCGAAGUCUUCUAUUAAUGACAUAUUUUUGAUAUAUAAACAUCUUUAGUAGCAGAAAAUAGAGUGUUAAUAUGGAUGUAAUUAUUGAUCAAAAUUUACGAGAUAUACAAAGGCAGUAUUUAGAUUUCUUAGAUGACGAUGCAGACCAAGGUUUUUACCACUCAAAAGUGUGUGAUAUGAUUGAAAGAAAUGACUGCAGAUUAAUUGUUAAUUUAAAUGAUCUACGAUCAAAAAAUGAAGAAAGAGCCAAAAAUCUGCUCAAUGAAGCAUUCGAAGAACUAAUAGGAUUUCAAAAUGCACUUAAAGAGUUUGUGAGCUCCACAGAUACAACAUAUGCUAAGAGGUUUGAAGAGUUCUUUGUUGGGUUUGAAGGAAGCUUUGGUUCUAAGCAUGUUUCUCCCAGAACACUGUCAGCACGCAACCUUGGUAAUCUAGUGUGUUGUGAAGGAAUUGUCACAAAGUGUUCACUUGUAUCUCCAAAAGUUGUUAAAAGUGUCCAUUAUUGUCCGAGGACAAAAAAAAUGACUGAUAGAAGAUAUACUGAUCUUACUUCAUUAAGUGCUUUUCCUAGCUCAACAGUAUAUCCAACAAAAGAUGAUGACGGUAAUCCACUUGAGACUGAGUAUGGUUUAUCAAUUUAUAAAGAUCAUCAAAAUUUUACCAUUCAAGAAAUGCCUGAAAAGGCUCCUGCUGGACAGUUGCCUCGUUCUGUUGAUAUAGUUGUUGAUAACGAUCUUGUAGAUAAAUGCAAACCAGGUGAUAGAAUACAGGUGAUUGGAAUCUACAGGUGUUUACCAUCUAAGAGUCAUGGUUUUACACCAGGAACAUUUAGAACGAUUCUCAUUGCAAAUAAUAUUAAAGUGAUGAGUAAAGAAGUUGCACCAACUUUUUCACCAGAAGAUCUUACAAAUAUUAAAAAGUUUUCACGAAGCAAAGAGGAUGUAUUUGAACUUCUUGCUCAUUCUCUUGCUCCUUCCAUCCAUGGACAUACCUACAUUAAAAAAGCCAUCCUCUGCCUUCUACUAGGAGGUACAGAGAAGAAUUUAGACAAUGGAACUCGUUUAAGAGGUGAUAUCAACAUUAUGAUGAUUGGAGAUCCCUCAACUGCAAAGUCUCAACUGUUAAGGUAUGUUUUGCAUACUGCUCCAAGAGCUAUUGCUACAACCGGACGUGGCUCUUCUGGUGUUGGUCUUACAGCAGCUGUAACAACUGAUCAGGAAACAGGUGAUCGAAUUCUUGAGGCUGGUGCAAUGGUGUUAGCUGAUCGUGGUGUAGUCUGCAUUGAUGAGUUUGAUAAAAUGUCAGACAUGGAUAGGACUGCUAUUCAUGAAGUGAUGGAACAAGGACGUGUAACUAUUGCUAAAGCUGGAAUUCAUGCAAAGCUAAAUGCUCGUUGUAGUGUUUUAGCUGCAGCUAAUCCUGUUUAUGGUCGUUAUGAUCCAUAUAAAACACCAAUGGACAAUAUUGGAAUGCAAGAUUCACUUUUAUCAAGAUUUGAUUUGUUGUUUAUUGUUCUAGAUAAUAUGGAUCCAGAAAGUGAUCGGAAGAUCAGUGAACAUGUUUUACGAAUGCAUCGAUAUCGGAAUCCAGGAGAGCAAGAUGGAGAGCCUCUUCCAUUUGGCGAUAACUGUGAAACACUUUCAACAUUUGAUGCUGUUGAUGCGCAACAAGAUGAUGAGGAGGUCACACGUGUUUAUGCAAAAAAAGAUUCACAGCUCUAUGGAGAAGGAAGCAAAAAAGAAAAGUUUGUAUCAAUUCCAUUUAUGAAGAAAUAUAUACACGUUGCAAAAAAUAUUAAGCCUGUUUUGAGUAAACCAGCAAUUGACCUCAUAGUAAAUGCAUAUGCUGACCUAAGAGAUCAGGAUGAUGAAAAUGCAACAGGAAAAUGCAAGACAGCUCCAGUUACCGCUCGUACUUUAGAAACACUAAUCCGGUUAUCAACUGCUCAUGCAAAGGCUCGAAUGAGCAAAACUAUAGAAAGUGUGGAUGCAGAAUCUGCUAUUGAAAUGGUGGAGUUUGCAUACUUUCAUAAGGUUGAGCAACGUACAGGAAAAAAGAAGAAAAAUGAAGAGAAAAGAGGUUCAGAUAGUGAUUCUGAGUCUGAAGUUGAGCAUGAAAUUCAGCAAAAAAAACGAAAGAAAAAAAUAUCAGAUAAUGCAGAUAAAAUAACAAAGAAAAUGAAACUUGUGCCAGGCGAUGAAGGAUAUGAUCCAUUUGAUUUUGAUUUACAAGAAGUUGACAGCCAGGUUGAAGCACUUAGUUCCAAACAUGAUCGGGUAACAGAAGCUGGAACUGAAACAAUUGAUGCAGUUAAGACAAAGCCAAUAAUUACAGAAGCCAGAUUUCAAACAUUUCGUUCGUCUCUUCAGUCACUAUUUAGUUCUGAACAUGCGCAAACAUUGCCUCUUUCAAAAGUUGUUGAAAAACUUGCUAGAGAUUAUCCUGAUUCAAAAUAUAGCAAAUCAGAAAUCGACGCGGCUGUGGAGCGUAUGACGGAAGAUAAUCAUAUAAUGCUAUCGGAAGGACAUAUUUUUUUGGUUUAAACUUGUCUUUGUUAAUUUGGAACAAAAACAAUGUUAAUCAUUGUGUUGGAAUGCUUUCAUGAAUACGAAGGUUAACGUUCUAUUUUUCCAUUGUAAAAAAAAAAAUUGUAUAUUAUAUUUUACCGUGAAAAAUAGAUAUGUUUUAACACA